AUGAAUAACGAGCAGUUCCGGCGACUUCUUGCAGACGAUUCGUCUACCUCCAAGUCCGGAGGCAAGCCCGCCUCGUCGCCGCGCGAUGCAGCAGGCGGUGGCGCCACUCCGGGCGCGAUGCUGGGCUCGCGGAUGCGCUCGAGUAUUCCCAUGACCCCUCGCUCUGUUACUGGAGUAGAUUUUGCCUGGCAGCUCGCGGAGCACCGCAGAGAGGGCGAUCAACGUCCCGCGAAGCGCUUCAAAUCUUCUGCCGCGCCAAAGGGCAGCAAACUGCCCACCGGGUACCAGGACCGCGCACAACUACGGAAUGCGGAGGGUGAGGAUGAAGAUGAUUUGCAGAAACGGGUCAAGGCCCUCGAGGAGAUGGUUAAACUGGGUCAGAUCGAUCAGGCGACUUUCGAGAAGCUUUGCGCUGAGCUCGGGGUUGGCGGAGACACGAAGAGCACACACAUGGUCAAGGGCUUGGACUGGGCGUUGCUAAAACGAGUCCGCGCUGGUGAGGAUAUCUCAAAAGCCGCUGAGAAACCCGCUCCUCCCCCGGCAGAGGAACCCCCGAUUACCGAGGAAGAUGCAGAUGAGGCAUUCGAGCGGCUGAUGGAGGAGAAGGGCCAGGAAGAGCUCGUCUCGGCUCCCAAAGAGAAGAAGGAGAAAAAGAAGGGAACUAUGGCUCCGCCUCCACCUCGGCCAAAGACACGCGAUGAGAUUCUAAGGGAGUUGAAGGCUAGUCGAGCGGCGGCUGCAAAAGCGCCGGCCCCGGUGCCGGAGUCGACGCUCGGUUCCAAGUUCAAGAAGGUCGGCGACGGCAAGCCGGAGAAGAAGCGCUUCAUCGAGUCAGAUGAGAAUGGCCGUCGACGGGAAGUUCUGCUCAUUACGGAUGCUGAUGGCAAUACGAAGCGCAAAGUGCGCUGGCUUGAUAAACCCAACGAGCCGCGUGGGACUCCUUCUCUGCCCAUGCCUGACAAGGAUGCUAAACCUCUUGGAAUGGAGGUUCCCGCUGAUAUUUCUGCCCGGGAAGCUGCUAACGCUGCGCCUGAGGAAGAGGAUGAUGAUAUCUUCGCCGGCGUUGGCGCUGAUUACGAUCCACUUGCUGGCAUCGAGCAAGACGACGAUUCCUCAUCCGAUGAGGAUGGCGAGCACCCGGAGAAACCUGGGAAACCUGGCAAGGAUCAUGCCCCAGCUACGAUUUCAGAAGAAGGCCAGCAGCCUACCGAUGCUACUACAGCACAAUCCGCCAAACCACGCAACUACUUCGCAGCAACCACAUCUACCACCGCCCCCGAAGAACCUGAGGACCGCUCCAACCCCCUCACAAAAGACCCCACAAUCCUCGCCGCUCUCAAACGAGCCGCAGCUCUCCGUCAAACCUCACCCUCCGAGGAGGACCCCGACAUCUCAGCAGAUGCAUCCCUCCGACAAAAGAAAUUCCUCGAGGAAGCCCGCCGGCGCGAUGCCAUGGACGCUGCGGAUAUGGACAUGGGCUUUGGCGGAAGUCGUAUCGAGGAUGGUGAGGAUGAUGAUGAAGGUCCAUUGUUGGACUUUGAGGGCCAGCAGCGUGGGGGGAAUAAGAGGAAACGGGGACCGAAGAAGAGGAAGGGGGAUAAGGAUAGUGCUGAUGAUGUUAUGCGUGUCCUGGAGGGGAGGAAGAAGAAGAAUGUUGAGUAG